UCGAUGACGUUGUGCGUCGACCACAGUAAAGAUGGCGGACGUGUCGGGGACCGAGCUGUCAGAAGAGAAAGAGACCAAAAUCGAGCUCAAGAAAAGACAGAAAAGACCUUGGGAUGAUUUUCACAGGUCUGGGAAGAUCAGGCUAGCUGCAGAGCUGCCAGAGACCCUGGGGUUUUUCGACAUUAGCGCGGUGAAGAGGGAGCAGCAGGAGCUCUCAGCAGAUCCGUCGUUGACCCGCUUCAUUUGUGCAGAACUCACCAGAGGCUACUUCUUGGAGCACAACGAAGCAAAGUACACAGAGCGCAGGGAGAGGGUAUACACAUGCAUGCGUAUUCCCAAGGAGCUGGAGAAGCUGAUGAUCUUUGGCUUCUUCCUGUGUGCCGAUGCCUUCCUGUACAUCUUCACGCUGCUGCCCCUGCGGGUGCUGCUAGCUCUGCUUCGCCUCCUCACCCUGCCGUGCUGUGGCUUCAGGGCACGCACAUGCCCCUACUGCAAAAGAAGCAGUGGGUCACGGCUGCUGCAGCCAGCGCAAGUUUGUGACGUGCUGAAGGGCCUGAUCCUGGUGCUGUGCUUCUCCAUGAUGCACUACGUGGACUACUCCAUGAUGUACCACCUGAUCAGAGGGCAGUCUGUUAUCAAGCUCUACAUCAUCUACAACAUGCUGGAGGUUGCAGAUCGCCUCUUCUCAUCCUUCGGGCAAGACAUCCUGGAUGCUCUGUACUGGACGGCCACCGAGCCCAAAGAACGGAAAAGAGACAAUAUAGGAGUCAUCCCUCACUUUCUAAUGGCUGUCUUUUAUGUCUUCCUUCAUUCCAUCCUCAUCAUGGUGCAGGCCUCCACUCUUAAUGUCGCCUUCAACUCGCACAACAAGUCCCUGCUCACCAUCAUGAUGUCCAACAAUUUUGUGGAGAUCAAGGGAAGUGUGUUCAAGAAAUUCGAGAAGAACAAUUUAUUCCAAAUGUCUAACAGUGAUAUAAAAGAACGGUUUACCAGCUACGUUCUCCUCCUCAUCGUCUGUCUCAGGAACAUGGAGCAGUUCUCUUGGAACCCAGACCACCUGUGGAUGCUGUUCCCUGAUGUUUUCAUGGUGGUCUUGUCUGAAGUCGCCGUCGACAUCAUUAAACAUGCGUUCAUCACAAAGUUCAACGACAUCACAGCAGACGUGUACAGUGAAUACAGAGCCAGCUUGGCCUUCGAUCUCGUCAGCAGUCGGCAAAAGAACGCCUACACUGACUACAGUGACUCAGUGGCCCGGAGGAUGGGCUUCAUCCCUCUGCCGCUGGCUGUCCUGCUAAUCCGAGUGGUGAUGAGUUCUGUGAAGGUGCAGGGAGCUCUGUCAUACACAUGUGUGCUCCUCUUUUAUCUCGGGAUGGUUACGCUGAAAGUUUUAAACAGUAUUGUGCUGCUGGGGAAGUCUUGCGUCUACGUCAAGAGAGCCAACAUGGAGGACAAACUGUUUGAGGGGCCACUGACCGCUCCAUCCUCCUCUUCAAAGAGCCCCGCCAAAGCUGACCCCCGUAAAUGUGCCAAACCAUCAGGCGAGUCCAGCAUUGAUCAGGUUCCUGCCACGCCCUGCAGCCCACCCAUCUCCUCUCCGUCCUCUGUGACCACGCAGCCAGCCCCACGGGCGGAUUGGUUCCCCCCCCCACCCACCGAUGCCUCACCGGCGACAGCAGCCGGCUCCCCUCCGACUACAGAACCUCAGUCCGACGCCGACCCGCCAACAGCUUCACCGUUAAAGGACGAGGAGGCAGACGACGCCUCGGAAACGAACCACAGAGCUCCCAAUAAAGACCUGCUGGAGAUCGACCGCUUCACCAUCUGUGGCAACCGGAUCGACUGACCAGCAGCAGCCGCUGAUGUAGCAAGUAACCACUCAGGUAUAACGGAGAGCAAAGGGUCUGAGCCAAGUCCUCUGAGCUGAAGGCAGAGUAUUUAUUGGCAAUACAGUAAGUUAUUGUUAACAGGGACACAGUGUCAGACGAUUCUGCUGCGGCUGACGCCUCGAGUCGAGAAGUUUGACACAGAAAAGCUUCAGGUGUCCGAUGAACAGCAGGAGACAAAGUGUGAAUGUGGCAGCAGAGUCGUCUGGGCGAUCUGCCGUGUGUGUGUGAGUCUGAGUGAGUGAGUGUGUGUGUGUGUGUGAAAGCAAGCGAUGACAUAUGUGUGAGUGUGACAGCACACAAGCACUUCCUCAUUGAGCAGCUGUGGGACCAGAAGGAGCGAAAUGUCGCUCAGAAAACAGACUAAAGAUGCUGAAUUUGAAGCGAGCACCAGAACUGUUUGAUUUUCCACCAGGAAACCCGAUGAAGUAGCAUCAAUACAUUGGCUUUUUAAGACUAAGUAAUCCUUCCAGGCGUUUAAGUUAAAUUCAUUCAAGGACAUGAUGUGUGAAAGAGGAGAGCAGGAAACACUUUUCUGCUCAUAUCAGCCAGUAAGUUUUUGUUUUUUUUUAUAAAUGUAUUACAAGAGUCUAUAAAAAAUCUAGAAUCUAAAACUUGAGCCCUUUUUAAUACGUAAAAAAUCCAAAGUGAAGCAUCAUUUGGGGAUGUCACAAACAUAAUUAAUAAAAAAAUCUCUUUUAAACUGUUAGCCUUAAGAGGAGCGCCUUGUUUCCCAACCCUGCUGACAUGAACUCCUGGAGCAGAUGAAGAGCAGAGCUGGUCCGCACAUUAUGCUUUGACACGUGGCACAUGUUUAUCCCCACUUUUUAUAGACAGAGUUACCAAUCAUUCAAUAUUAUCAUCAUACAAUCUCAUUAUUCAUUAGGACAGGAUCUGGCCGAGUGACACGCCUCUUCUGGAAUGUACCAAGUUUCUUUUUUUUUUCCUCUGGUCUCGAAUGUUUGCACUGAUGGACCAGAUGCUGUUUAUAUCCAGUCGUGUUUCACAUUCACCUCAGCUGAUGUUUUCACAGGAACAUCUUGGAAAGAUAGAAGCAAUAUUUCCACAACAGAAUGCCUUUUUUUUUUUUUUUUUUUUGCAUGUGUGCUUUACAAGUGCUGAUUGGACUGACUUUAAAGAGCUAUUGUGAACUGUAUUUUUUUUAUUGUGAUUAAAAAGUACAGGAUAUUUAAGGACAAUAUAAAAAUUCUGAACUUUAUUAGAUUUUUACAGUGGAAAGUUAAGCAAAGCCUGUCAUUUUUAUCUGAAAUAUCAAUUUUAAGCAGUUUGAGAAUAUUUGGAUCAAAUUAUAGUAUAUAAUAUUUUAUUGUUUCCACCACCAUUACAAACAUCCUCUCACUAAAACUACAUUUCAGAUGAACUAUUGGCUCAUCUGAAGGAAUUUAAUCUCUUCACCAUUCACUGUUUUUAGAAACAAAGAAUAUACUUGGAACAGGGAAAUACAAUAUUGUUUUAUGUUUUAAGCAGAAAACAGAUAAAAGUUCAUGUUUAUGCAUAUUGGCAUCCAUUUGAUUCUAUUUGGGGGAAAAACUAAUCUUUAUAUUGUCCUUUGCCUUUAAUAUAAAGAAUAUGGUUCUCCAUGGGGAACUGUAAGUUCUUAAAAAUGUUCUGCGUGUGAAAUGUGAGUCCUGAAACCAUCGCAUGGUUCUAACAAAUGGUCGGAACUCCUCCUUGUUUGGUUCGGCGGCGUCCGAAGUGUUUUCUUUGUUUACAGCGAACGGCAGCCGAAUCAGAGGCGGGCCGAAGCUGAGAUCAACAGAACUGAUGAAGUCGAGUGUUUUUAUGUCCAGUACACUGCCUGCUCUGUUUCAUCAGUUUGGAUUUAUAUUUAAUUCAUGUAUGAAAUUUGCUUUUUGGAUUAAUAAAAGCUUUCUUUUUUUAAAAA